GACCAUCUUUUUAUAUUACCGAUUUGCUUGUUGAAAAUAAAUCAAUAAAAGCAUGAUUUAAGUGUCUACUUGUAGAAUUUGAAAAAUAUUUUACAGCUUACUUCAUAAUAUGUUUUGCUGCACAGUCUGAGUAAGAAUUCUGUUUGUAGAAAAAUGGAAAUUAAUAAAAACAUUUAUGUAUACUUUUCGUCUUUGCAAGUACUAAUUGUAACAUUUUCUGUAUCUUCGAUAAGUUGCAUCGAUAUUUCGGAAUUCUAUAAUUUAUCACCUAUACAGAAUAACACCAUGGCGAUGUUUUCUGGUAUAUUUUGUCAUUUUGACCAAAUAUGUAAGUCCCAUAGUUUAUUUCGUCCAGAUAGUGUGAAAACGUUGGCCCAUAGUCCGUUUAAAGGGAAACAAAAGGCUACCGUAUAUGCAACGGUAAAUUUUUCAUUCAUGAAAAAACCCGGCAAAAAUUUAUCAAUGAACGAAUGUGCCCUCACUCUCGUUGUGGUUUCGUUUGAAAACUGUCGUCUUUUGCGUCUUCUUUGUGCGUCCUGUAUCCUGUGUCCCGCUAUUUAAAUAGCUCCUGUGUUUUUUUCCGUGUGAUUUAAAGGGCUGAAUAUUAAAAGGCUACUUUUAAAGGACCCAACUGCGAACCUUGAUAUUGUCUCCGUGCUGGUUUUUAACGAAUUUGUGAAGAAAAUGUUCAAUCUUCAUAAGGAUUCCUUCGAUUUGAUGCGGCAGGACUUGACGCACGGUUCUUUGGAGAAGUCGAAGCUUUUAAACUGUUUGGUAUGGAACCCCGAUGUUUGCCGUGGUUCGGUGCCGAUGGUUCACCAACCAUUUCAACAAGAAGAUUCCAUGCGUUGGUACAAAUCAACUUAUUCCAUAUUGGAUAACCUGGAUAAGCAUGUCGUGUGGAACCAGCUGAGUGUCCCCAUUGUUGAGGAGGAUGGGUGUGAAUAUUGUACUAUGCUGGGGAUUGACAAGGAAAAGAAAUGCAAACAUCUGAUUUAUACCGAUGGAAUUCUGACCUGUCCGAAUUUGCGGGAUCCCAAGCCCGAAAAGCAGUCGGAUGAAUCUCCAACACGUCCAUGUAAAAAAGCUGGAAAAAAGCGUGUCUCCAAGGGAGCUAAAAGAAACGAAUGAGCAUUGAAACAUCUUAAGUCUGCCUCAAUGCCUCAAUGUUCUUAAGUUCAAAAGUUGCAUCUGAACGUUUCAGUUCGAUUUUUUUAAUUUAAUAAUUACCACUAUGUUCCUUAAAUGUUUCUAUAACUUUGAAACAUGAUAUGAAGUCACAGACACAAAGUUCCUAUCUACCUUUUACAUAGCAUAAACAAUCCCAGCAUAAGAAAGAUGCAAAGGUUUAACAUUUGCUGAACAAAAUGCAUGCAAAAGUGUUGUGCUUUAGGAAGACUAUUUCUAUUUUGUAGUACAAAUAUUUACUCUAUUAUAGUAAUAUUGCACAGACAGGUAGUGAAUCAAAUAAGAUCAGUUAGUAUUGAUUAUUUGUCUUUAGGAAGGAGAUAGACGUGUAACAACCUUUUUUUGGUUUACCUAUGUUUAUAUAACACUCAAACAAAAAAACAAGCACAAAAGACUAGACAUUUAUACAUAACAAAUGUAUUACAUGAAAGGUUCGGAAAAUGAAACCCAUCCCAAAAUUAAUAAAAAAAAAAUCUACAAAAGAAACCGUAAUACGUAAAAAUAAUCAAAAUGAAAUGAUGAGCAGCAUAUCAAAAUAUUUCAAUAUGUCAUUCAAAUUAUGCUACAUGCAAUUUGUUAUAUUUAUUAUUACAUUGUAAAAUGUGACGAAUGGAUAGGAAAACAACAUUGUAUUGUAAAGAUUAAUAAAAAUAUAUCGAUUUAACAUUUUCUUCACUGAUCAACAUAUUGAUCGAUAAGUUGUGAGGAACAACAACAAAAAAGCGUACAUUUUUGCACAUCCGUUGAGAAAUAAUUGGUCACUUUAUAUAGAAUAGCUUCUAACCGUGCAUCACUUGCACAAUUUCGUGUGCAAUGUGCAAUAUUUAACACCUUUCAUUAGCAUAUCAGUAGGUA